CUGAUGUGGAUUUUUCCUCCUGAUUUCCUCAGAAUUCCUUCAUCUGUUGUUGGUCUGGGAGAGCAGAAGGCUGGCUCCUCAGAUCUGAUGGUUUCACUCGGUCUUUGCUGAUAUCUGGAUCCAUUACUUUGGGAGACUCACACGGUGAACAUGAGAUCACGGGUUCCUCUGCAGAUCCUGCUGUAUGCCACAGUCAUCAGAAGUCUGAAAGUGGUGUCCAAGCGCGGCUCAGUGGACGGCUGUACAGAUUGGUCUGUGGACUACCUGAAAUACAAAGUUCUGCUCGGGGAGCCUGUGAGGAUUAAAUGUGCUUUAUUUUAUGGAUACAUCCGUGCAAACUACACACAUGCUCAGAGCGCCGGACUCAGUCUGAUGUGGUACAAAAGCACCGGCCACGGAGACUUCGAGGAGCCCAUUUCAUUCGACGGGAGCCGGAUGAGUAAAGAGGAGGACUCCAUCUGGUUCAGACCGGCCGAGUUACAGGAUGCCGGACAUUACUCAUGCGUGUUAAGGAACUCCACGUACUGUAUGAAAGUGUCCAUGUCGCUCACGGUGGCAGAGAACGACACAGGUCUCUGCUUUAACUCCAAGAUGAGGUACUUCGAGAAGGCCGAGCUGAGUAAGAGCAAAGACAUCCUCUGUCCUGACAUCGAUGACUACAUGCAGACCGGAAAAGAGCCAGAGAUCACAUGGUACAAGGAAUGCCGGCCGAAGCAGUGGAGGCAGAGCAUCAUGAGGAAGGCGGAUGUGCUCUCCAUCAGAGACGUGCGGGAAGACGACAUCGGGAAUUACACCUGUGAAUUACAGUUUGGGAGUUUCGUGGUGAGGAGGACCACCGAGCUGUCCGUCACAGCACCGCUAACUGACAAGCCUCCCAAGAUCCUCUACCCGUCUGAAAAUAAGAUGAGCGUCAUGGAGAUGCAGCUGGGCAGCCCCGUGAACCUGACCUGCCGAGCGUUCUUUGGCUACAGCGGAGAUGUGAGUCCUCUCAUCUACUGGAUGAAGGGAGAGAAGUUCAUUGAGGAUCUGGACGAAAGCCGAAUCAGAGAAAGCGAAAUUAAAACUAUUCGGGAGCACUUAGGAGAGCAGGAGGUGUCCAUCUCACUGACCAUAGAUGCUGUGGAGGAGAGUGACCUGGGAAACUAUUCCUGUUAUGUGGAGAAUGGCCAUGGCAGACGACAAUCCAACAUCCAGCUCAGCAAGAGGGCAGAACUCAUGUAUACGGUGGAGCUGGCUGGAGGUUUGGGAGCCAUUCUGCUGAUGUUGAUAUUUUUGGUGUCCCUGUAUAAGUGUUACAGAAUUGAACUCAUGCUCUUCUACAGAAAUCACUUUGGCAGUGAGGAUGUGGACGCAGAAAAUAAAGACUACGAUGCAUACGUGUCCUAUACAAAAGUGGAUCCAGACCAGUGGAGUCAGGAAACCAGAGAGGAGGAGCGUUUUGCAUUGGAGAUUCUGCCAGACAUUCUGGAAAAGCAUUAUGGGUAUAAACUCUUCAUUCCUGACAGGGACUUGAUACCAACUGGAAGUUUCAGCAAUGAUCAUUUCCAGGAUGACACAAGACUCCUUAGAGCGUAUAUUGAGGAUGUGGCUCGCUGCGUCGACCAGAGCAAACGCCUCAUCAUAGUGAUGACGCCCAACUAUGUGGUGAGGCGUGGCUGGAGCAUCUUCGAGCUGGAGACGCGGCUGCGCAACAUGCUGGUCAGCGGCGAGAUCAAAGUCAUCCUGAUCGAAUGCGCCGAGCUAAGGGGAAUCAUGAACUACCAGGAGGUAGAGGCUCUCAAACACACCAUCAAACUGCUGACGGUCAUCAAGUGGCCGGGACCCGAGAGCAGCAAGCUCAACUCCAAGUUCUGGAAGCAGCUGCAGUAUGAAAUGCCCUUUAAGCGGCCCGAGCCCAAGUUGUCGCACGAGCAGGUGCUGGACGUCAGCGAGCAGGGUCCGUUUGGAGAGCUGCAGACCGUCUCUGCCAUCUCUAUGGCCGCGGCCACCUCCACCGCCAUGGCCACCGCGCAUCCCGAGCUGCGCUCCACCUUCCACAACACGUACCACACGCAGCUGCGGCAGAAGCACUACUACAGGAGCUACGAGUAUGACAUUCCCGCGUCCGGCACCCUCCAGCCGCUGUCCUCGCUGGGCAGCCAGCACACCUACUGCAACAUCCCCAUGACUCUGCUGAACGGGCAGCGGGCGCAGGGCAAGCCGGGCCGCGAGCAGCAGCCGACGCUGGAGGAGCAGCACGUCAACAACGCCAUGCUUCCACUGCUGCCGCGCGAGACCAGCAUUUCCAGCGUGAUCUGGUGACGCCGUCGGGAAAGGACGUUUCUGCAAAUGGCACUUAAUAAGACCCUUACAAACUGCUGCUGUUGACUUUGCACCGCGAUUCACACGUAGGGGGCGGAAACCGAAGGGACGCGACAAAGACAGGCUGACGGGGACACUGAUAGCACACGUACAUCACAGAGAUGUCUAUGUUACGUCUGCAUUUACAGAUGUAAAUGUGUUUGCUCAUCUGCAAUACGUCUAUAGGACGUUUCCUAUUAGAUGUCAAAUAAACAUCUUAAAGACAUAUAAUAGACGUCUAUGAUUUAGAAUGUGUGUAAAACGGACAUCAUACAGACGUCUGUCAGAUGUUUGUACACAGCAGGUGCUUUCCAGAUCAAAUUAUCUUUAACAGACAUCUUGCAGACGUACAUGUGCUAUCUGAGGUUCCCCUGAUAGCACACGUACAUCACGGAGACAUCUAUUUGGCAUCUGCAUUUACAUCUGGAAAACAUAUCUUUUAGAGUGUUUGCUCAUCUGCAAUACGUCUAUAGGACGUUUCCUAUUAGAUGUCAAAUAAACAUCUUAAGUCAUCUAAUAGACGUCUAUGAUUUAGAAUGUAUGUAAAUCUGACAUCUUACAGACGUCUAUCAGAUGUUUGAACACAGCAGAUGCUUUCCAGAUCAAUCUUUAACAGACAUCUUGCAGAUGUACAUGUGCUAUCUGGGGAGGUUAGUUCUCUCACAGACAGCUCCUUCAUACUCUCUCAAGGAAUACAGGGUCUUGUACAUAUGUUUGCGGUUUCUUUGUAGCAUUGGAAUUUUUGUUCUUUUAUUUCUUUUUCAAAUGUCUGAUUUGUACUUUUCCCCUUAUAAAUUGACUGAGCAGAGACACGUGAGACAGAGUAAAGGCUGAUCUGUUGUGUUUUUCUCUUAACUUGUAGUUUUCAAGUACAAUACUUGUUUUUAUAGAAUUUGUGGGAUUGUGCUGUUUUUCUCUUUUGAGAUUUUUUUUUUUUUUAUUGGUCAGUUGGUGAGAUGUCUCUACUUUGACGAAAAACACCAUUAUGCAAAUGCUCCUGAGGCCUGAAAGCUCUUCUUCUUCCCGAAUGAACAAGCAAGCAGAUGACGUUCAAGAGGAAAAGCUAGAUGUCGUUAUGACGCUCUAGUGUCUCUGCUGCUCUCCGUUUCUCUCUCUCUAAGCUACUGAGACUUUCUGUUAGAAAAAGAAAGAAAACACAUCUUUGCUGUUCAGCUUGAUAGGGAGAACUUAAGAAAAACUGUAUUAUUAUUUUAAAAGAAAAAAAUAUAUAUAUUUUUAUAACAAAAGGAUUUGCUUGGAAAGACACACAGUAGGUCACAUUUCAUUCAUUUCAUUGAUAGAAGCACUGGAAGGACAUUUUAGCUCACCAAUUUCAGAGAAAAAACAAAUGUUUUUUUUAAUGGUCCUGUCAAAUUAUGGAUGAGCAAAGCAAAACCGCUUGUUUUUAUUUUCCCCACAAUACUGGCAUUCAUUUCUUAGUGUGCAUAAUGAUUCGAUAUGUAUUCAAUUUAUGAUAUAAUUAUCAAUUUCACAUCAGAAAAAGUGCUUACGAUACAAAUCCAUGUCUCCAAACAAUUACAUGAUUUGUUCUCUUCACUGUACAUUGAAACCUGUUAUCCUCCACUGUAGUGCCUCCUGCUGCUCCACCACAGACGCCAUCCACAGGUUAAGAGCGGUACAGCGUCUCUCACCGUUUCUUAGGUACUGCCAUGACACCGCUGCUCUCCAGCUCAUCCGUGUUUCUCGUUCUACUGUAGUAGUCGUAGAGGGGAAGGAGCAGACCUGGGCCAGUUUUUACCUCAUUUUAUACUAAGGGCCAGUCCUGUGUCGGUCACUAGGGGCAGCUUACAUACACCUCUACUCUCAUUGCUUAAGCAAAGAAUGGUAGAGGGUCGAGUGAAUGUCCGGUGUAUUUACAGGAGGGUUAGUUAUUCAGCCCUCUUAUGCUGGACAGUCCAGGUAUUUCUUCAUGAAGCUGCCCCAUCACGCACAGCCAAGACAUUCAGUUUAGCGUUAGACGCCAUGUCUUUUAUUAGCCUCACUGUCAGUCUAAUAAAGGCUUUACAACUCUGUUAGCAUGUAAAUGAAGUGAAACCAAAGCUGGCAAUUAGCGAUGGGUACAUGUAUAUUACCUUCUCAGAUGCACUGUUGGAUAUCCGGGGAAACUGAACCAGGAACUAGUGUAGCUGAAACGGCUUAUGAGGGGGUAAAAACAUCGUUGUACCAAUCCAUACAGAACAGCAUAACGUCAUCGCCAGACCCCAUGUCCUGUUCACCAUGUUUAUUUGAUCAGCCGUGCCAAAAGAGUCCUUUUUUAAUAUUAGGAACAGAUUAUAUGCAAAAAUCUGUAACUCUCAAAGGUGGCGAGAAAAACAACAGGGUCGUGAAGCGUUUCAUCCCAAACAGACCCCAGAUUCCCAGUUUGUAAAUGUCACCUUGGUUUGGAAUAAUCUGUUGGUGCUGAACUUCUGAUCUGAGAGGACACCAAUUUGAUUAUUUGAACGUUAUUAUUUUAAUGAUCAUAUUUUUACAAGGCUCUUUUCUUGUAUUUUAUAUCAUAUUGUGUAAAUAAAUUGAAAUGAUAAUAAAAUGAAGACAAUCUAGUGACAUUCAUGGAAAAAAAACUGUUGGCAAUUUUCAAGAGAGUGGCAAAUUGUUUCAUGAGCAUUUCUGAUAUUACUGAUCAAAAUAAGAAUAACAACAACAACAACAACAACAAUAAUAAUAAUAAUAAUAUAUAGCACAGAAUUUGUCUCUGGCACUUUCACCAAUCUUACACUGAAGAUUAAGGUUCUGUUUGUCUCCUGUUUUGAAAUUUUCUCCUUUUUUAAUUCUGUAUCUGCAAUGUUAUUUGAAGAGAAACUAUCAUUAAUAAAAUACACAUUUAAUAAUA